UAGUGUUACAGCUGUUAAGGUCAUAUGACAAUUCAGUCAUGAGGAUGCUGGUACCGGUGCUUCUUGUUGUUGCUGCGUUGACCGCUAGAGCUAGCUCUUCUAACCUCGUAAAUGUCUCGUUUUAUUCUGAGGCUCUUUGCCCGGACUGUGACCGAUUUACGGAGGGUGAAAUGAAAGAGGCAAUUGAAAAGGUUGGAGAAAUCUUUACGCUUCAUUUCGUGCCAUGGGGCAAUGCCAAGAUGAACGAUGAUGGCUCAUUCAAGUGUCAACACGGUGAAAUGGAAUGCGCAAUGAACACGGUGGAAGCGUGCGUCAUCAAGUACAAUCCAAUCAGGAGUACGUGGUGGCCGUUCAUAGUCUGCUUGGAAGCUCAUGGGUAUCAACAGACAUGGGAAAUAGCACAGCAAUGCGCUGAAAAACAAAACAUCACGUGGUCAGAAGUAAAGGCUUGUGCUGAGGGACCAAUGGGGAAACAUCUGGAAGUGAUGUACUAUGAAGAGACUGCUUCACUCAACCCACCACAUCAAUACACACCAUGGGUGUUAAUUAAUGGCAAGCACGUAAAAGAGACGGAUAUGAUUAGAAAGAUCUGUACAGCUUAUGAGGGAGAAAACAAGCCUGAAGCUUGCAUGCGUGCACAACGUCAGUUUCCACCAAUGGGUGGAUGCUACAAGGAGCCACUUGAGUAGCAUUUUUCAGCAAAGGAACUAAGGAUGUUGUAUUUGACUCAAUCUUGGUAUCACUGAUAUGAUUUAAUUUGUUUGAACGCUUUACACGUUUUCAUUUAUUUCUAGGCGCAAAUGUAAUGUCAUUGCUCGUUUUCAAUUAAAUUGAUUAUUAGCAAAAGCCACAUUUCAAUCAAAUGUA